UCCUCAAAUUGGUCACCUAAAAAUCAUCCACUCAUCAAUUGAUCAUCCAACUUUUCAAUUCAAUCAACUUCGAAUCAUAUUCACUUCAAUUUGCACGUUAAAUCGAUCUAAUUUCACUUCAAUCGCAUCGCGUCUAGUUCUUUAGGGAAUUGAAGGUGUUUAAUUUGAUUUGCAUUCGUUUCAUCAUGUUCAUGUGUAUGGGUGUCGAUUAUUUGUGUAUUUGAAAUCCAUCGAGACGCCGUUCACCGGCGGGAAUCACGCCGUCGCCGACGUUUCGAUGGAGAAGGGGAAUUACAUUUUCCAACAGUCUCGGAUUUGUGUAUUAGGGAUACUUUGUGCCCUAAUUUGGUUUUGCUUAUUGUUCUUCCAUUUUGGUUUUCUCGAAAGUAGAACUUUUGAAGUUCAAAUUAAUCCAAUUGCAAAUCACUCUAGGUAUCCUGAAUCCACACCUGUUGUUCAUCCAAUCACAACCAGUCCUCCUGCUCCGCCGAUUGAUGUUAAUCGCGAACCAGAGAAUCCCCAAUCCUCCAUUUCUCGAUCGGAAAACCCUAAAUUUUUCCCUUUUAUGAAAGCAAUGAGAACUGUGGAUAACAAGAGUGAUCCAUGUGGUGGGAGAUAUGUUUUUGUUCAUGAUCUUCCUCCGAGAUUCAAUGAAGAUAUGGUUAAGGAAUGCAAGAGUAUUAAUAAAUGGUUCGAUAUGUGUAAGUUUGUUACGAAUUAUGGGCUUGGUCCGCCAUUAGAGAACAGUGAAGGUGUGUUUUCCGAUAAUGGAUGGUAUGCCACAAAUCAGUUUUCAGUUGAUGUCAUCUUCAACAAUCGGAUGAAACAGUAUGAAUGCUUAACCAAUGAUUCCUCCAUUGCUGCCGCCAUUUUUGUACCAUUUUAUGCAGGUUUUGAUGCUGCAAGAUAUCUUUGGGGAUACAAUAUCUCCAUGAGAGAUGCUGCUUCUCUUGAUCUUGUUAAUUGGCUUCAAAAGAGACCCGAAUGGAGGUUCAUGGGUGGAAAAGAUCAUUUUCUUGUUGGAGGAAGAAUCACUUGGGAUUUCAGAAGAUUAAGCGAAGAAGAAACCGAUUGGGGGAACAAGUUUUUGUUCUUACCGGCUGCGAAAAACAUGUCGAUGCUUCUUAUAGAAUCGAGCCCGUGGAAUGCAAACGAUUUCGCGAUUCCGUAUCCGACUUACUUUCAUCCGUCGAAAGAUUCGGACGUGUUUUCUUGGCAGGACCGGAUGAAGAAUCUUGAACGAAAAUGGUUGUUUUGUUUCGCGGGCGCUCCACGCCCGGAUAACCCUAAAUCAAUCAGGAGUCUUUUGAUCGAUCAAUGCAAGAAUUCGGAAGUUGGGAAGCUUUUGGAAUGUGGGUUUGGUGAAAGCAAGUGUCAUUCGCCGAGUAGUGUGAUGAAAAUGUUUCAAAAUUCGGUUUUCUGCUUACAGCCUCAAGGUGAUUCGUACACAAGACGAUCGGCUUUUGAUUCGAUCUUGGCGGGUUGUAUCCCGGUUUUCUUUCAUCCGGGUUCGGCGUACACACAAUACACUUGGCAUCUCCCAAAAAACUAUACAAAAUACUCAGUUUUCAUUCCAGAAGAUGAUAUCCGUAAGAACGCAAGUAUAGAACAAAUUCUCAGUCGAAUUCCUUCAGAAACGAUCAAGAAAAUGAGGGAUGAGGUUGUAAAUCUGAUCCCGAGAUUGAUAUACGCAGACCCGCGAUCCAAAUUGGAGACUCUAAAAGAUGCUUUUGAUGUAUCCGUGGAAUCGAUCAUCAAGAAGGUGAAAAGGGUUCGAGAAGAUAUGAUUAACAAUAGAACGAACGAUGAUUUCAUCGAAGAAUUGAGUUGGAAGUAUGCGUUGUUAGAAGAAGGCGAGUAUAUCGGUGUUCAUGAAUGGGAUCCGUUUUUCUCGAAACCGAAACCGAAAGGUUCGAAGAAUUCUUGAAACAAUGAGCCAUUACAAGUUACAAAUUGGUUUAUGGUUUGUUCAUCGUUCUAUUAAAACUUCAUACAUUUUGUAAUUUAGACUAUUUGUUUUUUUAUUCAAAAAUACUAAAAGCUAGUGUUUUGAACCACAAAGAUGUUGUCUGA